AUGGGAAAAAAGGCGCGCGGCCGCAAGGGCGGCAUCGUGGCCGCCGAAAACGCACACAAUCAACGGGUGCGCGCCUCGCGCGCUGCGACGGCGGCAGCCAUGUUCUCGAAUACCGACCGAAGCGCGGAGCGUUAUCCGGGCUUCACGGCCUUCUCGAGUAGGGUCACCAGUCUCCUCGGGGAUGUGGUGGCCGGUCGUGACACUGACGCUACGUUCGAGCAGCAGGACGAAGUGCUCCGCCUCGGCCCCGGCGAGAAGAACUUCGCGGGCGCGGACCGGAUGUGCACGCCCUGCCGGCGGUGCUCGGAGGCGUACAACGGCAGAGGCAUCGUCUGCGACGUCUGCGGCGUCACGUGGUGGUGCAGCGCGCAUUGCCGCGCGCUGGAUGGCGACGGGCACAAGGCGACGUGCCACCACGUGAAGCUGCUCGGCGUCCAGAUCAAGCGUGACGGCAUGCGCGCGUUGCCCUUCGUCCAGGAGUCUGGCGACAUUGGAUGCUUGUUCGACCACCCGCGCGCGUCCGUCGAGACGGGCGGCGUCGCCUACGCCGCCGCGAACGGCGACGUCGCGGCCAUCGACCGCCUGCUCGCUCAACACGGCGCGGCCGCGGCCGGGGCGACGACCGACGAGUCCCCGGUGCCGCCGAUCGUCUGCGCGGCGCUCCAGGGGCACGCCAAGGCCGUGACGCGGCUGCUUAGGGCGGGCGCCGAUCCCAACGCGGUGAGCCACCUCGGAUGCACGGCCGUGUUCGGCGCCGCGCAGAACGGCCACGUCGCUGUCAUCGAGGCGCUGGCUGGCUCGGGCGCGGACUUCGACAAGCCGGACGCCGGGGCCAUCACGCCGCUGGGCAUAGCGAUAGAACACGCGCAUCCCGCGGUCGUGGACGCUCUACUCGCCGGAGGAGCGGACCCCGACCUCCGCUCGGGCCGGAACGCCUGUCCGCCGCUCGCGCUCGCGGCGACCCAGGCGGCAGAGAAAACGCUCCAGACGACGCGUCCGGGUUCGAUGAUUCGCGCGGGGACCCCCGUGCUGGACAAGAGCAUCGGCAUCGACGCGUCCGGCCUCGACGUGAGCGAGUCGGACGAACCGCGCGUGCGCACCCUGGGGGCACCGCAGAAUAGCAACGCGGUCACCUUCUUGAUCGACAUGCCCCUCGUCGACUACGUCUCGAAGCAGGCCGAGAUCACGGCGCGCCUCCUCGCCGCGCCGGGCCUCCGCGCCGUCGACGGCAUACCGUUAUUCGUCCCGCUCGUGGACUUUGCUACCGCGGCCGCGAUGAACUGCGUCGCCGCCGCGCCGGCGCUCGCGGCCACGCGCGCCCUCAUCGCGGCCGGCGCCGACCCGAACGCCGCGAGACGCGACGACAGGACCAGGGAGGACGACAAGCUGACGAUCAUCCAGGGCGGCUCCGGCGACAAGGGCGUUCGGGGCCUGCUGCAGUCCAAAUUCGGCGGCUUCCUCGCGCCGAGCGACGUCGAGCGCCUGGACCGGAGCGAUGACAUGAGCGCGUGCCUCACGCCACUGCUCGCGCUCUGCCACUUCCGGCGCCGCGUCGAAGCGCCGCGGCUCGAGCACUACCGCGCGCUGCUGGACGCGGGCGCCGACCCGGACCGCGGCGUCGGCUCUGUCCGCCUCUCGCCUCUCCUGGGUGCCGUGGUCCGCGACGACGCGGCCGUGGCUUCGGCGCUCCUCGCAGCCGGCGCCGACGCAAGCGGCACGCACGACCUCGUGCUCUUUCGGUGCGACCGCUUCGUCUACUUUGACCCGGAAGACGGCACGACAGGCGGCGGUCUGGCGCUCGCGUUGGACCAGGCGCGCGCGCGGCGGACGCUCUCGACGCUCGAGUUCGCGGAGGUCCACCGGCCGCGCUCGGAAGUGACGCGGCUCCUCCGCGCGGCGGCGGGCGGCGGCGGCGGUUACGAUCGCGGCGAACUCGCGGCCAUGGGCGUGAAGGCGCUCAAGGCGGAGCUCGCCGCGCGCGGCUUGAGCGCCGACGGCUGCUUCGAGAAGAAGGACCUCGUCGACCGCCUCGCCGCCGCGCCGGCUCCCGCGCCGGCGUCCCUGGCUACGGCGGACGCCGCGGCGGACUUUCGACUCAUGGAGACCAAAGAAUUGGCUGAGGGGCUCCCGGGCGCUCGGGCCGCGCGCGCCGUGCGCAAGAUUCAUCGGGCGCUCCGCGCGGCCGACGACGUCCUCGACGUCGACGCCUACACCGCGCCGGCGGCCGGGCCGGCGGCGGCGGAGGCGCGGCCCGCCUGCGCCAACUGCGGCAAGACCCGGCGCUGGGACAAGGUCGACAAGCCGCUCUCCAAGUGCGCGCGGUGCAAGUCCGUCGCCUACUGCGGCGCGGCGUGCCAGAAGGCCCAUUGGAAGGCCCACAAGGCCGCCUGCCGCGCCGCGAGCGCCUCCUAG